AUGGCGAUUUUCAAAGAUUGUGAAGUAGAGAUCUUCUCUGAAGAAGAUGGGUUUAGAAACGCUUGGUACAGAGCAAUUCUGGAGGAAACCCCAACGAAUCCGACAUCGGAAAGCAAAAAGCUACGAUUUAGUUACAUGACGAAGUCGCUCAACAAAGAAGGUUCUUCGUCUCCUCCAACGGUCGAACAGAGGUUCAUAAGACCGGUUCCGCCGGAAAACCUUUACAACGGCGUCGUUUUUGAGGAAGGAACGAUGGUUGAUGCUGAUUACAAACACAGAUGGAGAACCGGCGUUGUGAUAAAUAAAAUGGAGAACGACAGCUAUUUGGUUCUCUUCGAUUGUCCACCAGACAUUAUUCAGUUCGAGACAAAGCAUUUGCGAGCACAUCUUGACUGGACGGGUUCGGAAUGGGUCCAACCAGAAGUCAGGGAACUGAGUAAGUCCAUGUUUAGCCCUGGGACAUUAGUUGAAGUAAGUUGUGUAAUAGAUAAAGUUGAAGUUUCCUGGGUUACGGCAAUGAUAGUUAAGGAGAUUGAGGAGAGUGGUGAGAAGAAAUUUAUAGUGAAGGUAUGCAAUAAACACUUGAGUUGCCGUGUUGAUGAGGCAAAACCAAACAUGACGGUUGAUUCAUGCUGUGUUAGGCCUAGACCGCCUCUUUUUUUCGUUGAAGAGUAUGACUUGCGUGAUUGUGUAGAGGUGUUUCAUGGUUCGAGUUGGCGUCAAGGGGUGGUGAAGGGAGUUCACAUUGAGAAACAGUACACGGUUACUUUAGAGGCUACCAAGGAUAAGUUGGUCGUGAAACACUCGGAUCUUAGGCCUUUUAAGGUGUGGGAAGAUGGGGUUUGGCAUAACGGACCACAGCAGAAACCCGUAAAGGAAAGUCCUUCCAACGCCAUCAAACAGAAGCCAAUGUGCUCUUCUUCUGGUGCUAGGCCAAUGACUCCUAAAAUGGCUACAAAACAUGCGAGAAUAUCUUUUAACCCUGAGGAAAAUGUCGAGGAACUCUCUGUAGCUGAAACUGUUGCUGCCACUGGAAAGUUGGAAAAGAUGGGGAUUGCAGAAGAAUCUGUUUCAUGUGUAACACCGUUGAAACAAACAGAGGCCAACGCUGAAGGAAACAAACUUGAGCCGAUGCGGAAUCAGAAUUGCUUGAGAAAUGAUUCAACUCAACAGAUGUUGCCUGAGGAGGAGAAUAGCAAAGACGGGAGCACAAAAAGGAAGAGAGAAGAAAAACACAACUCAGCUUCUUCCGUUAUGGAUGAAAUUGAUGGGACUUGUAAUGGUUCAGAGUCUGAGAUUAGUAAUACAGGUAAAAGUAUCUGCAACAAUGAUGAUGUUGAUGAUCAGCCGCUCUCUACUGAGCUACCAUAUUAUCAGAGCUUGAGUGUGGUGAACAGUUUUGCUGCUGAUGCAGAGGAAACUCCAGCAAAGAGUGCACGAACUAUUUCUCCUUUUGCAAAGAAGUUACCGUUUUGGAAAAGCUAUGAAACAGAUGAAUUGUACAAAUCAUUACCACAAAGUCCUCAUUUCAGCCCGUUGUUCAAGGCUAAAGAAGAUAUCCGCGAAUGGUCCGCGGUUGGUAUGAUGGUGACUUUCUAUUGUUUAUUAAAGGAAGUCAAAGAUCUGCAGCUCGAUGAUUCCUCAAGCAAACUAAGUAGCCUCAGUAGUUCUUUGGCGGAGCUCGAGAAGCACGGUUUCAACGUUACAGAUCCAUUGUCACGGAUCAGCAAAGUGUUGCCCCUCCAAGAUAAGCGAGCAAAGAAAGCGGAGGAAAGAAAAUGUCUUGAGAAGAAGAUUGAAUGUGAAGAGAUCGAAAGGAAGAGGUUUGAAGAAGAGUUUGCUGACUUUGAACGCAUAAUUAUUGAGAAGAAGAGACAAGCAUUGGUUGCCAAGGAGAAGAAAGAAGCGGCUGACAAAAGGAUUGGUGAAAUGAAGACAUGUGCAGAAACCAUUGAUCAAGAGAUCAAAGAUGAGGAGCUUGAGUUUCAGACAACUGUCUCGACUCCAUGGUAA